CAAAAGGAAUCCGAUUCGUUCACGCACGGCAGAAGCUGUGUCUUUGCUUAACUCCACAUUUCCUUGUCGUCCUCCUCGUCCUCGCAGAAAGAAGGUUACUGUUUCACAGGGCCUCUUUCUGCGUCGUCAUUAGCGUCUAAAAGAAACGUAUAUCCUCAGUUCCUUAUUUCUUCAGAUCAUUGCCCUUGAAGUUGUUAGGGGAGAAGAGAAGAAAAAGAAAAAGAAAUUUUUCUGCCGACUUCGCUUUUAUUCAGAUUCUGCCUUUCUCAUAAAUUCCUUGUGUUAAUUAAUUACCUUUUCGAUUUUCCUUUUCGGUGAUACCCACAGAGGAAGCAAAGAAUUUUCCCCCUCUUAUUUCUAUUGGUGCCGCGGAUAAUACCCAGAAUUUCAUGUCGUCAUUAAUUCGCGCGCCUUUUGCCAUGACUUUCUUUCGGCUUUUCCUGCUCUUUUCAUUGUUUUCCGUUGCGUUUUCUCUGGAAAAUGUUGAUACCCGCGUCCUACCGAGACCUUUAAUUAUUGAAUACUCGGAAAAUAUUGAAAGCCAGUUCAGGAAAAUUGACGAUGAGGUUGGAUUGAGAUGUACGAGUUGGAGAUUCGCGGCGGAGGCUAACAAUUUGAACCCAUGGAAGUCGAUUCCGCUAGAAUGUGUGGAGUAUGUCAAGGAAUACAUGAUGGGUAAGGGCUAUGCUCUUGAUCUGGAAAUGGUGUCUAAGGAAGCUGGGGAUUAUGCCAAGAGUGUGAAAUUGAAUGGUGAUGGGAAGGAUGUGUGGAUAUUUGACAUUGACGAGACUCUGCUCUCAAAUCUUCCGUAUUAUGCUGCACAUGGAUAUGGGUAUCAGCUUUUUGACCAUGUGGAGUUUGACAAGUGGGUGGAGAAGGCUAUGGCACCUGCAAUAGAACCCAGUUUAAAACUUUAUGAAGAGGUUUUGAAUCUGGGUUUUAAGGUUAUAUUGCUGACUGGAAGGAGUGAAGCGCAUAGAGGUGUUACUAUUGACAACUUGAUCAGUGCUGGGUUUCGAAAAUGGCACCAACUCAUAUUAAGAGGCCCAGAUGAACGUGAGAAACUGGCAACAAUUUACAAGUCAGAGAAGAGGAGUGAGAUGGAGAAAGAAGGAUACAGAAUCCUUGGGAACGCUGGGGACCAAUGGAGUGACUUGUUGGGUUAUUCAUUGUCUGCUCGCUCCUUCAAACUUCCCAAUCCCAUGUACCACAUCCCCUAAAACUAGUGCUUCAUUCCUGUUUAACUGAAUUGUAAAAAUGCAAGUGCCUUAUUGUUCAAGUUAUUUUUGUGGGAUUGGAACUUCCGUACAUGACUCAGUAUAUCAUGGUAUAGAAUCUUCGAUAUAUUGAUAUGCAUUACCUAUAUACAAAGUAUUAUUUAUAA